GGAUCGCGCGCAUUGAUUUAUCGCGAUUAUUAUACCUUAUUGCUCGCACUUGUUACGCGACCAUGUGGCGCACCGUCGUCGGCCAGCGGCCGGCGCAUCUCAAUCACAUGUCGCGCCGCCGCUGAAUAUUACGAAAUCAGCGCGCGAGUCGAGGUAUGAAAUAAUUACGACGAAUUCAAACGCGCCGCAACAUGCGCCAGAUGUUGUCCGAUGUGUGUACCUAAGCAUUUAUUUUUCUUUGCAAAUCAAAGAUUUCGCGAUGAAGAAAUUUUUAUGAAUCGUAAAUUUCAAUUCGAGUGGUAUUAGUUAGGAUAAGUAAGUAAGUAGGUACUUGAAAUGGCUUUUCUUGUGCGAAUCUUCGCAGAAGUGGCGAGGUACUUGAAAAAGUUGCGGGCGGUGCACGCGGCGAUAAUUACAAUUAUUUGCUAGUUCGGGGAACAGUUCCAGCUAGACUCCGUCGGUGACAUAAGCAGGCGUAUUUACGCAUAUUCUCAAGUGGCCGGUUAUUAAUACGAAUCGAAAGUCAAUUUGCAUUUUAUGCGCCGCACGGACCUCGAUUGUGUCUUUGGGUGCGAGCCACUCGAGAGCGCAUUGUGUUGGCAGAGGGCACCCCUCGGCGAGGCACUUGAGAUGACAAUUGCCGGACAAAAGUUAAGCGGGCCCGGCUUAGGCGGACACCCCAGGCACGUUAAGCCGUCUUACGUGUUUCGGAUCAGCUUGCGCGCCAGUGGGAAGUGUCGGAGCGCUGUCGAAAUGCAGAUGAGCGCGCGCGUUGAGAUGGCACGGAGUGUCGGAGUGGUGUCGGCGGGUGGCGUAUUGUAUGGCACCUGUGCCGCGCGGCCGCGGCGCUGGCCGCAUUCUUCACACCACGACGGGCGGGCUGGUCGGGUGGGCGCGGGGUGCGGCGGCGGUCGCAUCGUCCGGCGCGGCGACUAGACAGGCGCCAGUCCGACUCGGCGCCACCGACUCGUCUCUCCGCCUCUGUGUGUGCGCGUCGGCUACCAGAGCCCGCAUUGUCUUCCGUCUCGCUCGCAGCACUUGCCGCGCGCCUGCUUCGCCUCCUCGUGCGGCUGAGAAGUUGAACGGCUCUCGCACGGCCAGGACGGCGCGACAACUGCGACCGACCGCCCGUACGGCGGCCGCGUAUUGUUGCCCCGCUGCCGGCGGACGCCGCUGCCAGUCGCGCUUCGGACUCAAGGAGUCGUCGACUACGGCCGCAGAACGCAUCCGCAUCGCGAGCCGCACGCAUCGGGGGCGCUUCGAAGAGUUCGCUAACUUUUGCGCAGGAUACACUUAUCCUCAGUGCUGUGUGCUUACACGUUCACCUGUGACUUUAACAACCACGAUUAGUUCUAAACGAAGAAGUGGAUUAUUAUGACGAAUGGAAAUAACAGAAACACUUUUCUAGCUGGAAUCGCAAUGGAUUUAAUUGAUAACAAUCCGCACUCCCCGACUGAUAGCAGCGAGGAUUCGGUGGAGGUGAAAGUUGAGGCGAUUGCAUUCCGCUCCAAGCGGAAGUUGACUGAGCCGCGCCGCCUCCAUGACGGUCCCCUGAAAAAACGCGCAUGCAUUCGCGCCGAAGACACCGCACCUUUCCGACCAUGGAGUUUAUCGCCACCCAAAUCAACUUCUUCAUCCACAUCGCUUUCACCAUCAGCAACGGUGUCCCUAAUGCCUUCACCCGAGGUGUCGGCGCCUCCACCAAGACAGUAUUUUCGUCCACCAUCACCGCCUCCGCAAGAAGCGCGUAUUCUCGCGCCACCUCAACCAAUUUCACCCCCGCAAACAAUCCGGAUUCCUAUUCAUCCCAAACACUCCGCAACCUCCGGUGAGACGGACGAGGCGUUGAGCGCCUCCGGAGUCCAGUUCCCAAAGUUAAAAGUGCCAGUUUCAAAAAGUACCAUUAAGGAUAUUAAGAAGGAGAAAGCCGUCAAGCCUUCACAGGACCUGGAAGGUGAAGAUGAUCAUAUGUUGGAUGAUGCGUAUGCUACAUCCAAGGAUAAUCAGCGUAAAGAGCAGCGCAACUAUAAAAAUAUGACUCGGGAGCGGCGAAUUGAAGCAAACGCCAGGGAGCGCACAAGAGUUCACACAAUCAGCGCUGCGUUCGACACACUGCGACACGCCGUGCCAGCAUAUUCGCAUUCGCAAAAAUUGUCCAAAUUAAGCGUGCUGCGAAUCGCCUGCAGCUACAUCAUGACUCUCUCGAAUCUCCUGGAGGAUUCUCCCGACGUUGCAGAGAGUGUUGAGAACGUCAGUCGGACGAUACAACGCGAAGGCAAACUGCGCAAGAAAAAGGACGAGUAAAUCCUUAUAGUCACUGCAACACAAUCCUUUCGUAGGACUUGUAAGGACGGAACUCUUGCUCUUGCAGCGCUGGUGCGAUAAAGAUGUUUUUGAACUGUCGUCCUGAAUGAUUCAUGUGCCAAACUUAACUGAAAUGUGAUUUAUCGCCUACUGAUACCAAUAUUAAUGAACACUCAUUAGUAAGAGUACAAAUGACGGAAGAAUGUUUAGAUGCAGCUAUAUUUACGGUGGGAUGUAGGAUUUGUAGGCAGGAGACUACACGAGCGAAGACUUAAGUAAUUGAUAUUAUACUCAGUCAUAGAUUAAGACGGAAUUUAAGUUAAUUUUUUUAAGGAAUUUGUAAUGAUUUUUGAUUAAGUUGUUAACAUCAUCCUGCGGGAAUGCAGGUGAUUGUUUUGGAAUACUAAGUUCACGCGUUGCUGGCGGCAUUAGACGUUGGUAACAUUUUUUUGUUCAUAGGUCUAUUUUGUAAAUAUUCUUACAGUUUGUAAAUAAAAUAUUUAUUAUUUCAUUAUGAAGAA